AAGAACAUAUAACAUUCAGCUGCUUCAUCAUCAAUAAGCUGCUACAUAAUUUACGAACUUGUGAUUAACUUAAUUGAAUCUAAGGUUAUAUAUUUUUUGUACUCAAAGUUCUAAAUUUGAAAAAAAAGGAACAGGGUCGUCUUCUACUAUUGACUAUCGGCCAUGAGUGGUCAUAUUUCCUGUAAGGAAGUUGACAGACAGACUAAAGACAGAGACAGCUUCUACAUCUGAAUAACAUGGAUCACACUCUUCAAUGUGUCUUUCUCCUCUUCUCAUGUCAAUAUCAAGGAUCUAGUGCUGUAACGUCUUUGUUUGUGAAGAAGGGAAGUGACGCAUGGCUGGAUGUUCAGGAAGCUGUUCCUGAGAGGUUUGCAUAUAUCGAAUGGAACGUCAAUGAAACAAAUUUAGUUUUUUUUCGGCCUGGUGAAGAACCAAUUGACACUAAAACAGUAGAGUUUUCAAAUACAAAUUACACUUUGAAACUGAAAAAUGUGCAAGAGACCGACAGUGGAGAUUAUACUGCAGUAGUUUUAGAGGCUCAAAGGAAAAAAGUGGCUGAAUACAAAGUCAUAGUUCAAGCUCCAGUGUCUCCAGUCAGUCUGACUGUGGACUCAGUGUCUAAGAGCUCAGACUCCUGUAACCUCACUGUGACCUGCAGGACACAGGACUCUCACAUCAGCACCACUUUUACAUGUGUCAAUCAAAUCUGCAGUGAAGAUGGAGACAGAGCAAAAGCUACAACCUCUGGUGCUGAUCUUCGUGUCUACCUUCAGAAUGACUCCAUCAACUGUAACCAUAGCAACCAUGUCAGCCGGACCACAAACCAAGGAGCAAAGAUGCAGGAUUUCUGUCAUCAAGCUUCAGGGACUCUCUCUGCUGGUUUCCCUCUCUGUCUGGUGAAGAUGGUCGUGUUCUCUGUUGGCCUGAUCAUCAUGACGUCUGCCGUCAUCACUGUUCAUCUCAAGGAGAGGACCAUGAAGAGAAAACUCACCCAGGAGUCUUCUACUAGUGUCAUCACACAAAACUCACAUUAAUCAUGAACUUUAACAUUCACUGCACAUUAGGUUUCAUGUUAACACUUCACAUUCUGUUACAUUUCACACAAGAUGUAGUACAAAUACAUUAAAAAUAUAAUUAAAAUCAUCACAGGGUUUUUGAAUCAGUUCUUCAAAAUAAGGGGAAGCAUUUAGAACAACCAGGAAGGACAUGAUGAGUACAGAGAACUACAGUAAAGAGAUUCAUAAAACAAUUAUUAAUAAAAACCAGAACCUGAAACAAAACAAAAAGUUAAUUAAGGGGCAACAAACAAACUUCAAUCAUAUAUUGUAUAUUAUUUAUGUCUUUUUCCUAGUUUUAAUUUUCAAAUUUUGUACAAUAAAAAUCAUUUAAACGUGG